UCAACAGCCUACUUUUAUGCAAAUGUUUCCAUCUAUUUUCAUCCAAAAUAAAAAUACCAAAACAUCUCAUGCUUCUAUCAAAUUAUUGUCUCUUAAUAAUUUUUUAAUCUUUGCUAGAGAUAUUAAUCACUUAGAAAAAUAAAAAGGAGAGAAAGAAAUGGAAGAUGAAAUUAAGCAUGGAAACGUGACACAUGUGCCUAACAAAGGAAGCCCCGAAAGCCCACAUGUAACAUGUUGUGAUAGCAAUAACAAUAACAACAACAACAAUCAGAACAACAAUAAUAAAGAACAAGAUCGUUUCCUUCCCAUAGCAAACGUAAGCCGGAUUCUGAAAAAAGUUAUACCAAGCAAUGGUAAGAUCUCCAAAGACGCGAAAGAAACGAUUCAAGAAUGCGUGUCGGAAUUCAUCAGCUUCGUGACGGGAGAGGCAUCGGACAAAUGCCAAAGAGAGAAAAGGAAGACCAUCAAUGGAGAUGAUAUCAUAUGGGCAAUCACCACAUUAGGGUUUGAGGAAUACGUAGGACCCUUGAAAUUGUACUUAAGCAAAUAUAGAGAGAUGGAAGGGGAGAAGCUUAUUUUCCCAAAGCAACAAAGAUCGGACCAAAGGCGACAACAUUCGGAAUAUGAACAAAAUAUAGUUUUCAACAACAAUAACAAUAUUAAUAUUAAUACUAAUAGUAACAACAAUGUAUAUUCUUCAAUAAAUGUUUACCCUUCUUUUGUUCCUUCGGAUCAACCAUUUUCCUUGCCUUUCUCCUCCAAUUCCUUUCAAAAGCAAUUACAGUAG